AUGCCCUCUCUCACCCCACUCGCGCACCCCUUCGGCGCCGUCCUCCGCGACAUCGACCUCGAAUCCCUCACCCCGGAAACCACCACCCUCCUCACAGACGCCCUACACACCCACCUCGUGCUCGUCGUCAAAGACCAAUCCCACCUCUCCCCGAGGGCCCAAUACACCCUGACCCAGCUCUUCGACCCGGCCGCCCGCAACUACGGCCACGGCACGACCAUCGACGCCAAACGCUCCGUGCUGCACCCGGACCUCAAGACCGUGCCGCACCAGCCCCAGGUCCAGGUCAUCGGACACGGCUUCGUGCCGUCGUACGAGGGGCUGGAGAGGAUCACGCUCAAGCACCCGCACCACCGGACGUUCCAUCGCUCCGCGGUCCCGGACGCGGACGACGCGCGCUUCACGCGCUUCUACCGGUGGCACAUCGACGCGGCGCUGUACGGGCUGCAUCCGCCGGUCGUGACGAGUCUGCUGGCGGUGAAGGUGCCGCGGGGGCGGAGGCAGGUGGUGCGGUAUGACGACGGGACGGGCGAGGAGAUGGAGGUGGCGCUGGGCGCGACGGCGUUUGUGAGCGGCGAGGCGAUGUAUGAGCGGCUGAGUGCGUCGGAGAAGGCGUUUGUGUGUGCCAGUCGCGUGGAGUAUGCGCCUCAUCCGUAUAUCUGGAUGUCGGGCGCGCGAGCCCUCCCCACCGGCCUCGGCCUCUUCUCCGAAGACAGGGAAAUCCCCCUGGCCGACCUCCCGCCUAUCGAGGAGGACAAGAUCAAGAUCCUCCCCAUGGUCUGGAAGAACCCUGUGACGGGGAAGCCGGCGCUGCAGGUGCACCCGGCGGCGGUGCGCAAGAUCCACUGCGCGGAUGGACGGGUGAUUGACGACCUGCGCGAGGUCCGGGAGAUCGUGUACAAGCUGCAGCGGCCGGGGAUCAGCCCGGAGCAUGUCUAUGCGCAUGACUGGGAGGAGGGGGAUCUGGUUCUGUUCUAUAACCGGGGGGUGCUGCAUUCGGUGGUUGGGUCGUUCCGCGACGACGAGGUGAGGUUGUUUCGGCAGUGUAAUCUGGCUGCGUCCGAGGGAGUGGUGCCGUAUGUUGCUGCUGCGUAG